GUCCUCGACUCGGCGACGGCUGAGCAGCUCAACAGCUCAGAAACAAAGAGACUUUUAGACACUAUCGACAGCCUUAGAGACCUACGAAUUGGGGCCAUCGUCGACCUGCCACAGAUCGUCGUGGUGGGAGAUCAGUGUUCCGGCAAAAGCUCAGUCCUAGAGGCUAUAUCGCGAGUGCACUUCCCCGUCAGCGAUGGCAUAUGCACUCGGUUCCCUACAGAGCUGGUGCUUCGGAGGGCGCCUCAAGAGAGUACCGACUUGAGAAUUAGAUUUGAUAGCAAUAGCAAUGCCUCGGACGGUCAAGAUUCGCCAGCUACGCACACACCGUUUCAUGAAAGCGGCUUCCCCAGAUCAGAAUUACCUGCCAUCAUCAACAAGGCAAAAGAACACAUGGGCCUUGAAGAUGGAAAGACAACCGGCUUCUCAAAGCAUGUUUUACGAGUGGAAAUCCGCGGCCCAGACAUUCCCUCGCUGACUCUGGUUGACCUGCCUGGAAUAUUCCACUCUGGGUCGUCUUCACAGCCUCAGGAAUGGAAGGCGGUCGUUGACGAAAUGGUUGAAAACUACAUGAAACAGAAGAAUAGCAUCAUCCUCAUGGUCGUCUCGGCAGACAUCUCCCUCUCCAAGCAUGCCAUCCUCGACAUGGCCCUCCAGCAUGACACAGCCAGGGAGCGCACAAUUGGAGUCAUCACAAAAGUUGACCUUUGCCCCGGUUCAAACCUAGAAGAUGAAUAUCUGAGACUAGCGAGAGGUCAAGAGCCUAGUCACCAGCUUCGCCUAGGCUGGCAUGUUCUACGCAACCGAGGACCCAAAGAAGCAGAGGUGGCCUUUGACCAGAGAGACGUCGAAGAGGAAAAGUUUCUCAAGACAGGAGUAUGGUCUACAUUGCCUCUGGGCAGCCGAGGACUCAUCAGGGACAUUGAGAGUAACCUGCAGAAUCGUCAAAGACGGCUUGCAAAGCUAGGAGCAACAAGGGCGAACCCCGACGAAAUGCGUGACUAUCUUCUCAGCAUAUCAACAGCCUUUCACAAACUAGCAGAGCACGCAGUGGCAGGAAGAUACCACGAUCCAUUCUUCGGCAGCCUUGCAGACCAACAAACAGUCAGUUCGCUCAGAUAUCGAAAGCUGAGAGCAGUGGUUCGAAACUUGAACCUUGCUUUUGACAUUACCAUGAGGUCAAAGGGAGCCAAGUACAAGAUGGAUUGGGACCAACCUACGCCACCGCAAGGUCCAACUGAUGAGGAAAUACUGGCCGAGGCCAUCAAACAUCUCACUGGCAAUCUAGUGCCAUUGUUGAAUCUAUACGACUUCCCAGAUCCAGUGGUAGAAACCAAAGACGUGGCCUAUGAAAGGAUGGAGCUGCUCGCAUCGGAGAGCCAAGGAGGCGAGUUCUGUGGGAUACCAAGCCAAGCUUUCAUCAUGCAGAUUUUCAGAGACCAGAUUGAACCAUGGCGUCGCAUCGCGGAAUGUCACAUCAACAAUCUCGUGGAGAGGGCAGCACUGUUUGUGUAUCAGGCAUUCGACUACAUCUUGGAAGACGACGAGAGAACAAGAGACGCAAUCUUGGUCGAUUGCAUAGACCCGUCAUUCGAUUCCAUGAUCGAUGCUCUCAAGGGCAAGCUCGAUGAGAUUAUGCGUCCUUACACAUCAGGACAUGGACUGCCGCUUGAAAUAGAUUUUCGAACGGGAGUGAUGCAACGAAAAAUUGAGCGCAUCAGGGCGGGUUCUGCUGAGCUGCUCGAUGAAAGUGCUGUCGCAUACAACACCACAGAGUACCGGAUGGUGAAGCCUGAAGAUGUAAUAAAUCUCCUGGUCCAGUCAGAAUCCAGCCUGCAUAGCUAUUUUGGCAUUGAAGCAGCCGUUGACGCGAUGCUAACGCACUACAGAAUGAGCCUGCGGACAUUUACGGAUAAUGUCGUUAACCUAGUCAUCGAGAAUUGCCUUGUUUCGAGACUCGCCGACGUCUUUUCCGCAAGAGUCGUGACGCAGAUGAGCGAUGACAUGAUAGAAAGACUGGCCAAAGAGUCAGACGAAGUCAAGUUGGAGAGGAGCCAGCUGGCGGACGAGAUUGAGAAGCUCAAGACGGGUUUGCAAAACUGUCAGCGGUCGCGGCCCCGGGAUUUUUCAGCGCCAGCAAUAGUUCAUCGUGCUGAACCAUCUACGUCUUCGACAAGCAGCGAAUCGACGACGACUUCCAGUUCAAGCACUGAAGGGCAAUCUGUUGCCACGCCCGCUGCUAGAGGGCCAACGGUUAGUUUGACCACGUCUGCCACUCCUGCUCCUGCGGCGGUCUCUCUCGGCUCGACAAUGGCGUCUACGACUGCUGCUCCUAGACAACCUGCCUUUGGCUCUACUACGGCAUCAACAACUGCCGCUACUGAAUCUUCCGCUUUUGGGUCCGGCAAGACAACCACAGCAACGGCUGCUCCAAAGGCCGCUCCGGUAUUCGGUUCAGUUAGUCCGUUAAAGUCUCCCCUGCCGGCAUUCGGGUCCGUUUCAGCAAUGCAGUCUUCCGCUGCUAAUUUGCCGGCUUUUGGCUCAACGACGACUUCUGCGGCGACUACUUCUACAACGUCGGCCUUUGGCUCGACGACUCCCGCUACAGCUACAGCUCCAAGGCCGUCAGCCUUUGGUUCGACGACUUCUGCGGCGACUACUUCUACGACGUCGGCCUUUGGCUCGACGACGUCAGCAUUUGGUUCAACAGCAGCUGCUCCGAGGCCGUCAGCUUUUGGCUCAACGACUCCUUCUGUAGCCCCUGCUUCGACGACGUCAGCCUUUGGCUCGACGACUACGUCCACAGCCCCUGCUUGGACGUCACCCUUUGGCUCGACGACUCCCGCUACAGCUCCUGCUCCUGCUCCAAGACCAUCGGUUUUUGGUGCUUCGACAACGUCAGCAUUUGGUACGUCAGCAUUUGGUUCAACAGCAGCCUCUACAGCCGCUGCUCCUACAUCGUCAAUCUUUGGCUCGACGACUCCCGCUACAGCUACUGCUCCGCGACCACCGGGU